CUUUCACCAGGAGUAAAGAAAUCUCAUCGUAAAAAAUUACGUCCUUUGCAUUAAAUAUUAACUCGAAAGUGUCUCCGGGAAAUUCGACAAAGAUUUGUCGCAAGCAGAAAAAAAGUAAUAUGGAGCAGAGCUUUAAUAGAGCGCAUUCGAUUUUGAUGAGGAGACACACGGUGGCCAUUUUAGGCUGCCUGUGUUCUAUCAUCAUGCAUGCCCAACGCCUUAAUAUCAGUAUUGCUCUGGUGGCUAUGGUGAACUCGACGAAGCUGUACGUGUCCCCAAAUGUCACAGAAUGUCCUGCUCUGGAGAAGAAUGUCACUUUAAGCGAAGCACGCAAAGGAGAGUUUUCUUGGAAUCCAGAACUACAAGGUUACAUUCUGAGCGCUGGAUUUUUAGGAUAUGUUUUAACACAGAUCUUGGGAGGCGUUCUAGCUGGACGAUUUGGUUCCAAGCCAGUUCUCCUUGCCGGACUUCUGCUGGCUUCGAUAUGCAAUCUAAUUUCUCCUCUCUCAGCCAGAUGCCACGUUUACCUGCUCACAGCUGUUCAACUUUUGAGAGGAAUGGGCCAGGGCCUGCAACAACCUUCUAUGAGCGUUCUCAUGUCCAAAUGGUUUCCCAGGUCGGAAAGAGGGUUCCUGUCAGCAUUUAUCUACUGUGGAUAUCCUGUAGGGGCUUUCAUUGGAAGUCUGGUGUCUGGAGCUCUAUGUGAAGUCGAAUUUUUAGGAGGAUGGCCUUUGGUAUUCUACGUGUUUGGCUUGGCUGGUGUGCUUUUGAGCAUCUUGUUGGUGUUUCUCUACGUGGAGAGGCCUGCAGAUGAUCCUGAUAUAUCCGAAAAAGAACUACAAUAUAUUCUGAAGAAUCAGGAAAAUGAUACUUCUUCUAGACCACCAUCCAUUCCAUGGAAAUCUCUGGUGACGUCCAUUCCUACUUAUGCUCUGACUGUUGCUUUAUUCGGUCAGUACUGGAUGGCAUUCUACUUCUUAUCCGUUCACCCCACCUAUAUGGGAACCAUUCUGCAUAUUCCGAUUAAACAAAAUGGUCUGCUUUCAUCAGGGCCAUUUUUAGCUCAAGCAAUAGCAGGCUUCGGUGCGUGUUGGUUUUCGUUCCUAUUGAAACGACGCUAUCCAGAUAGAAUAAAUGCUUGCAGGAAAGGAUGGAACUCACUCAGCUGCUCAGUCUUCACUCUUGGUAUGGUAGGUGUUUACCUGUCAGGAUGCAGCACUACUUGGAAUGAAGUAUCCUUUUUUGUAGCAAUAGCUAGCGUAGGUUUUGGAUUCGCCGGCAGUUUGAUAACUGCUGUAGACAUGACACCCACAUUUUGCGGUGCUCUGAUGGGGUAUGCAAGCACACUAGCCAGCUUUGCAGGUUUUCUUGUACCUGUCACUGUUGGAAGGCUGACAAACGAAGAGCAAACGCUCGCACAGUGGCAAAAAAUAUUCUUGAUUACGGCAGCUGUAGGAGCUGGCAGUGGUAUCAUUUUUUUGGUUGCUGGGUCGUCUGACAUCCAAUCCUGGGAUCCUGCGGGGAGCAAAGAAAAUGAAAAGAAAACGCCCCCCGAGGAGAACGGUGACGUCCCCGCCACGGCGGCGAACUCAUCUAAACUGUGAAAUCUUGUCAUUUAAGCAUAUGAAUAUGUUAUUUAAGUUAUUACGAGUAUUAAGCAGAAGCUUCCUGUGAUUACAGGAGCUUUGAGAUGGAAAAUGGAUACAGGGUAUUUCAAAACCACUGGCUGUAGCUUCAUUUUUUGAACCAUACAGACAGAUAUAAAACCAAUAUUUUCCAGUAGAACCAUCUCUAAAUUUUGGAUAGGGAUAAAUCUUAUCACUUUCGCAACUGCAAGAAAUAUAAGUUAAAAAUCUAAAAUUAACUUUGGCGUUUGGAAGCCUGUAGGGAAUAUUUCUGAUUUUGGAUGUCGUACGUUAAUUAAUCUCAUUUAUCAUCUACUUAGUUAUGCCAUUAUAAGAGAAAAAAGAACUUUCAUUUUUAUUUUGGCAGGGAAAUAACUAGUUAUCAGAAUGUUUCUAUUCGACGUGUAUGAGAUUUUUAAUUAUCUCUGAAAUUACGUAUUUACUUAACAAACUCAGUAAUUAAAAAGUGCUUCUGAAUAAUGUAUUUGUUUAUUUUACUUUUUAAAACAUAUUUAACCGUUAUGAUUUAUAACACAUGAUGAAAUUUACUAUAUAUCCGGCUAAUUUUUACAAACAUUUCCAGAGUUUCUGCACUUUAUAAAAGACGAGGCUAUGUAUUUAUUUCGGUAUAGAAUAAUCGUUUAAUUUUAAUUUCAAAAUACUUUUUGUACUAUCUCUGCAUUUGCUUCUGUCACAGUAGAGUUUGCUGCAAUAUUUUUGCAAUCAUAAAAUUAAAUUCAAAUUGUGAAUUAAAUUUAAAGACCGGAAGAUAUUGGAUAACCAUUGCAGUAAUUCGGCCGUUUUAAAAAAUGAGUGAGUUCUCUGUACACAUUAUGCAAAUAAUGAAACCUUUUGCAAGUCAUUCCAUAUUAUACUUUAUUAAUUAUAAAUGAAAUAUUAAUAACUAUUUAAAACUUACUAUAUAUUUAUCACUUACUAAUUUUAUGCGUUCCGAAUUCUUUAUCUAAUUGAGUCGAAUUAUGACAUUAUAUCUAUUAUUUAUGACUUAACUCAAAGUAUGCAGUGUUCCUAAGGAUCCAACUAAACUAUUAAUAUCAGUUAAAAACAGAAAAGGCUAGCGGAAAAUUUGUACAGGAACGUGCUUCUAAAAUCAACACUGAAAAAUUGGAAAUUGUCUGAAAAUUUUACAAAAGUAUGCAGAAACACAAAAUGCACACUAAUUUCUAUUUCCCAAUUCUAUCACAGUCAUUAGUCUGCCGUAGCUAAAUGUUCUAUGUCAAUUUCUGUACUUUUAUCGUUGGUAAUAUAAAUCUGCCACAAGAGUGGUUCAAAAGCUAAACUCGAGGUCCGUGUUCCUGAAAUACCUUCUGUAGACGCAAAAGAAAACAGGCCAGUAAACAAAGCAAGAUUAAUACUUGAAUUGUGCGAAAUGUUUUGAUUGUGUUAAAAUAAUGGCUCACAUAUUUAUGAAAGAAAGUAUUUAGUUUUAUAAUUUGUGAAUCUUUACUGUUUCGAAACUAAAGCAAAAAUAUAACUAAAGAGAAGUUGCAUGAAUACUGAUGAUAAAAGGAAGAAUAUUGUUUGAUAAAAUGCUAUAUCAUAAUUUUCAAGAAACUAAAAUUUAAUGAUGUGUGAACUGCCUAAAAUCAAAACUUAAUUUUGUUCUGUCAGAUCGCGCGAGAACAAAUGGAUUAAAACCGUACAAAUUCGAAUUCCAGAAGCUACCAAGAAAACUGUCCUAACAUUUGGAUUUUAAAACAAAAUAUUCAAAACUGUUGUGAAAAUGAUUUUUCCAAAAUCUUAUUUCAUUCAGAUUUUUAGUGCUUUAAGAAUUUGAAUCAGUGGGAUUAAAAAUCGUGUUUCUGAUUGCAACAGAGUAAUCGCAUCAACAGUUUUAUAUUUCUAAUAUUUUUUCUUGCGUAUAGAUAGACAUUUCUUAUAAUUUCUGCCAAAUAAUAAAAGGCAUAUUUCGUUUGAGUUACCUUGAAAAUUUAUAUUCGUCGUAUUGUUCAUUAUGUUCUUGUACUUUUACAAAACUGUAUGCAGAAUGUAUUUUUUUUUUUACAUUUAAAAUUGUGUAUUUUUUGACUUACCACCUGUUUCAAUCAUAACGAUAGUCGCUGAGCGAAUAAAGGAAUUUUUAUAUGUGA